CUUGUUGUCUUUUCUGCUUAAAUGGAUCUUGGAACUGCUGCAUCUCUUGAUAUCUGCGUCUAUAAUGAUCAAUAGUUGAUUCUUGUAGCUGACUGAAAGGUGAAAGGUGUGAGAAACACAACAAAACUAGUGCGCGGAGAAAAUCUAUAUGACCUAGAACUAAUGGCGCAUGAUCACAGCAAACAAAGGGCCCCGCAGCCAAGGCUCCAUGAUGCACACAGGGACUAAUAACAAUUGUGUCGUCUCUUUGGAGAUCUAACACUUUACUUACUUAACCCAGCCAAUAUCAAAGCACCAGGCUGAUGUUUCUCUCAAGUAAAGAGCCAUGUCUUUCACAACCACCUGGUGGCAGUAGGUUUUAUGUGAAGUAACAAGAAAGUAGUUCUCUCCUUUCUUAACCCAUCAAAUAUCAUCCUCGCCGACUUGCAGAGGACAAACUGAUCUCAGUUAUCAGCCACUGCGGUGUUAAGCUCGUCUAUAGAGAACACAGACACCUAAUGAGCUUAAGAGAGCACAGAUAUAACAGUCCCGGCUAUUUAUAGGUAAUGUGAUUACCUCUGCACUAUGAGUUUGACCCUAUGCUGUAUAUUGAAAGUGCUCAUAAAGAUUAAAACGUUAGAAACAAAGACAGUUUCUUUCUUCUUUUCUUUAAAAUAUAUCUGCUUAUUCUUCUUAUUUCCCUGCCCCGGGUGCUUGCGUGUUCUCAUGCGCAACGACUCAAAACUUAGGUGAGGCGUCGCCACAAAAGAGCCCCGCCCCUUCUAUUUAAUUGGCCAAGGUCGUGUCUCUCUGACGUACUUUGAUCAACAAAUACACGUGUGUGCACGUCGGUAUACUAAGGAGGAAUGGACAGUAUUUGCAUUUUGAUGACACUGACUAAUUACUGAUGUAAUGAUCAUUGUGACGUGAAAGAUGGUUCCUCCUUUCAGCGCUUUAUUUAUCUAUAUAUCUAUAUAUAGGAGCAGCCUGAUGUAUGAGACUCUAUGAGGUCGUAGAAGACUGGAAAUAACAUCGAGCAGCUACUUGUGGACUUGAAGUUAAGUGCCUACAAUGAAACCUCAGGACAUUAUAAAGGAAAAGAGCAGCCUGUGGAUAUUUGGCUAUGGCUCCCUAGUGUGGAAACCCGAUUUUGAAUACAAGAGAAGAAAAAUAGGGUACAUUAGAGGAUACAAGAGACGGUUCUGGCACGGAGAUGACUUUCAUCGAGGGGACAAGGAAAAGCCAGCCAGAGUUGUCACACUAAUAGCAGAUGAGGAGGCUUGCACGUGGGGCGUGGCCUAUGAAGUGACUGAGUGCCAGGUCGAAGCGUCUCUUCAGUAUUUAAACAUGAGAGAGGUUGUCCAGGGCGGGUACAUAACAGAGAUGGUGGAAUUCAUUCCUAAAGACGGUCACGGUUCAGUGUUGUCCCUUGUUUACAUCGCCACACCUGACAACCCCAUCUACCUCGGACCGGCCUCGGACGGGGAGAUUGCCGCCCAGAUUGCCAUGUGCAGAGGCAACACCGGCCACAACAUCGAGUACCUGGUCCGCCUUGCAGAAUUUAUGAGGCACCACUGUCCGGAGGUGGAGGAUGGGCACCUUUUCUCUAUCGAGACAGCUGUUUUGAACAUUUUCAGCAACUGCAGAGAGCUCAGAUCCAACGACAGGAAAUCACUGCUGCUGGAAGUUAUAUAAAGAGUAAACUCCGCUUUUUAUGAAAAUAAUUUUCAUUUUAGUGGAAAAACAAAUGAAGUCUUGGUAAAUAUUUCAAGGGUAAAUGGUGCUUUUAAAGGAAAUACUUUAUUUGGUUUCAACUAAAAGGGAGAAAACUAUCUCAUGUCACUCGGAAAUCUAUGACAUUCUCAUCUCAUCUCAUUUUUCAACUGUUCACUUUAAUAUGCAGGCAACUCUCAUUGUAUUUCAUAUUGCACACAAAAAUCAGCACGUCAUGUUUUUAAGAUUCCACACUAUCCACAGAGAAGGUCUGACAUUUUUACGAUAUGUUAUGAUAUUGUAACCUUGUUAAUAUUAUGAAAUGUUAAUGCACAUUUUUUAAAAUAAAGUUUUUGAAUAAAAACAUACAAAUCUGUAUGAGAAAUUGUGUUCUGGAUUUCCUUCCCUGUUUAUCUAGUCUCAUAUACAUCUCUUAUAUUUUGUCCGUGCAUACAGACCCUCCUGAUAUUCCCACAUCAUAUCGCCAAAGAAAGCCGCCUCUGGCAUUGUGAAAUUGCUGACUUUUCCUCAGAGAGCUGUUAAAAGCAUGGGCCAAGAAUCUUUAAGACACUCUUUUGUGAAUUUAUAUUAAAUUGGAUGUAAGAAACUUCAAAGCCUCUCUUUGCAGAUUCUUGUGACUUAUAGAAUGCUUUAAAACUAUUUUCCUUGCUGCUCCCAGUUUUAUGCCUCUUAAAUUGUUCCAAGCACAGUGGUUGGUCCAGCUUUAAAGGGUCAUUUUUUAAUUCAAGGCAUUCCUCAAACACACAAAAUGCAUUAGCAUCUCAUUUUGUAAAACCUCAUAAAGUCUUUUAACCGUCGUAAAGAAAACUGACGGUGAAAAAUAGCAAAAUACUGAUAAACAUGGUGCAAUGUUCAGUGGUGUUGGCGUUGGGAAUAAUCUGUUUACCAGAGUGCACAUAAGCUAUUAUAGAGGACCCACAGUCCUUACAGUAUAGAGGGAGCGUUAGGGGCUCUGCGGGCAGGUGGGGUGCAGAUAGGGUUUCUUUCCCUGUCUGGGCUCCUUCCAUGGAUAAACAAGCCACAGUUCUGUCGUACUGCUCUGCUUUCCUAGAACUCAGCCCCAAACUAGGUCAAAGGUUUAGAGCCAUGAAAACAGCAGAGCAAAGAGAUCUCACAUGCACAAAACAUGUAAAACAGACACGGACAGAAUAUCCUCUCAGGUAGAAAAAUCUGUAGAACUCAUUACAUAACUCUGUUCUCAGAGAUAAAGGUUUCAGUACAUUUCUGUCAAUACAGGGAGUGCAGAAUUAUUAGGCAAGUCGUAUUUCUGAGGAAUAAUGUUAU